GUAAAGCGCGGAAGGUCAGUGUGUGCUCCCGCCGCCAGAAGGAGCGUUGUCCGCUGGCAGCGGGGCUGGCGCGGAGCGGCCGGGAUGUUCCUGCGGCUGCUGGCCGAUGUGCGGUGGCGCGGGGCUGACCACAAGUGGAGGAGCGUGGCGUCCUGCCGGAGCGUGUCCGGAACGGCCGAACCGCAGCAGGUGCCGCUGCCGGCACAGGCACAGGUGGUCAUCUGCGGGGCUGGCAUCACCGGCACCUCGGUGGCGUAUCACCUCGCCAAGCUGGGCUGGAAGGAUGUCGUCUUGCUUGAGCAGGGCAGAUUGGCUGCAGGUACCACGCGCUUCUGUGCAGGCAUCGUCAGCACAGCCCGGCCUGUGUCCAUCGAGCUGAAGAUGGCAGACUACUCCAACAAGCUGUACCAGCAGCUGGAGCAAGAGACUGGAGUGCAAACAGGGUAUGUGAAGACAGGCUCUGUUUCUCUGGCUCAGACUCAGGAUCGGCUGAUCUCUCUGAAACGCAUUGCUUCAUCUCUCAACGUAUCGGGGAUCCCCUGCGAAAUCAUCAGCCCGAAGCAAGUGGCAGAGCUCCACCCGCUCAUCAACAUCCACGACCUCGUGGGGGCCAUGUAUGUGCCCGAGGAUGCGCUCGUGCUGUCUGCCAACGUCAGCCUGGCUCUGGCAACGGCUGCCUCGCGGAACGGUGUCCAGAUCCACGAGCGGACGAGUGUGAGCCAUGUGUCAGUGCAGAAGGGUCGUGUGACCGGAGUCGAGACCGACAGAGGACACAUUAAAUGCCAGUUCUUCGUCAACUGUGCUGGCCAGUGGGCCUAUGAGCUGGGCCACUCUGGGAAGGAGCCAGUCAACAUCCCGCUCCAUGCCUGCGAGCACUUCUACCUCCUGACACAUCCUUUGAAGGAACCUCUGGCAAGCAAUGUCCCGACUGUUGUGGACCCCGAUGGCAGGAUCUACAUCCGCAACUGGCAGGGCGGAAUCCUCUCAGGGGGCUUUGAGAAAAACCCCAAACCUCUUUUCACGGAGGGACGGAACCAGCUGGAGAUCCAUAACCUUCAGGAGGACUGGGAUCACUUUGAACCGCUUCUGAGCUCCCUCCUGCGCAGGAUGCCCAACGUGGAGGCUCUGCAGAUCAUGCAGUUGGUGAAUUGCCCCGAGUCCUUCACUCCAGACAUGCGGUGCAUCAUGGGCGAGUCGCCCACUGUGCGGGGAUACUUCGUUCUGGCUGGAAUGAACUCAGCUGGGAUCUCAUAUGGUGGGGGAGCAGGCAAGUACCUAGCAGAGUGGAUGGUGAAUGGCUAUCCAUCAGAAAACGUCUGGCCUUUGGAUUUGAAGCGUUUUGGCACUCUUCAGAGCAGCCGCACCUUCCUCCGUCACCGUGUGAUGGAAGUAAUGCCUCUCAUGUGUGACCUGAAAGUUCCCCGCUGGGACUUCCAGACGGGCAGGCAGCUGCGCACCUCCCCUCUAUAUGACCGCCUGGAUGCCCAGGGGGCCAGGUGGAUGGAGAAGCACGGCUUUGAGAGGGUCAAAUACUUUGUUCCACCUGGGAAAGAUCUGCUGGAUUUGGAUCAGAGCAAAACCUUCUACAAACCGGACUGGUUUGAUAUUGUGGGUUCUGAAGUCAAGUGCUGCAAGGAAGCAGUCUGUGUGAUCGACAUGUCAUCUUUUACCAAGUUUGAGAUAAGUUCCACAGGAGAUCAGGCGCUGCAGAGCCUGCAGUAUCUCUUCUCCAACGACCUGGAUGUGCCGGUGGGGCACGUUGUGCAUACUGGCAUGCUGAAUGAGAACGGGGGCUAUGAGAAUGACUGCAGCAUAGCACGCUUGAGCAAACGCAGCUUCUUUAUGAUUUCCCCUACUGACCAACAAGUCCAUUGUUGGACCUGGCUGAAGAACCGUUUGCCUGAAGAUAGCAACUUGACCUUAGAAGAUGUGACCUGGAAGUACACGGCUCUCAACCUGAUAGGCCCCCGUGCUGUGGAUGUCUUGUCAGAGUUGUCCUAUGCCCCAAUGACCCCAGAACACUUUCCUUCUUUCUUCUGCAAGGAGAUGAGCGUGGGCUACGCUAAUGGCAUCCGUGUGAUGAGUAUCACUCACACAGGAGAACCUGGAUUCAUGCUUUAUAUUCCCAUCGAGUACGCCCUCCACGUGUACAAUGAGGUGAUGAACAUGGGGCAGAAAUAUGGGAUCCGGAAUGCCGGUUAUUACGCACUCCGCAGCCUGAGGAUCGAGAAGUUUUUUGCCUUCUGGGGCCAGGAUCUGGAUGCUUUUACCACUCCUAUGGAGUGUGGCCGUGAGUUCCAGGUCAAGCUGGAAAAGGGGAUGGAGUUUGUCGGCCAGGAAGCUCUGCUGGAGCAGAAGCAGAAUGGGGUAUACAAACGCUUCACCAUGUUCAUUCUGGAGGACCAUGACACAGAUAUGGACCUCUGGCCCUGGUGGGGCGAACCCAUCUUCCGCAACGGCCGCUACGUGGGCAGAACCACCAGCAGUGCCUACAGCUACACUCUGGAGCGCCAUGUCUGCCUUGGCUUUGUGCAUCACUUCGAUGAGAAGACAGGGGAGGAGCUGGUGGUGACGACUGACUUCAUCAACCAGGGCGAGUACGAGAUCGACAUCGCCGGGCAGCGCUUCCAGGCCAAAGCCAAACUCUACCCCUUCAGCUCCCUCUUUGCUCAGCGUCGCCGCAAGGAUGAGGUGGAACUGAGUGGUUACCAGGGGGAGUAGUGCUGGCUGGAGCCCCACUCCUUUCCCAAGCCGGAGUCAUCAGCUGCCAUCUUCCUGUGCUCCCUCUGUGCCCCACACAUUUUUUUCUUUUUCCUUUCCUGUCUUGCAACUUUUAAACCUUUUUUUUUUCCAGUGUGUUCCAUUUUCUAUGUCUUAGAACUUUUAUUCUCCAGCUUUCUGAACCCUCUCUGUCCUCCCUCCCUCAGCCCUUUGCUUGCCGGGCUCCCCCGUGUCUCAAAGCACAGUGCUGAAUGUGUACCCAUGGGAGUGUCUUAGUGGGAAGCCUAUAUAGGAGGAAACAUCUCCAUACCCUGAGGUGAUGGGAAGGGCUCGGGGGAGCUCCUGAGGACUACAGCCUUUCUCUCUCCUCCAAUAUAAGGCACAGGACAGCAGGUAUUUGCUCUGCUCUGCUGUCACCUCGGCAGGUGACAGACUACUUUGCAGAGGGGUCGGUGCAUCAAUGCACGCAGCAAUAGAGCGACCAGCUACCUCACCAGCACAGCACAGAGCGUUGGGUGAGCAGCUGCCACCAGGCAGGUGUUGGUGUGUCCCAUCCUGCCCAGCAAUGGGCCGCCAUGUUCCCUAGCAGGGAGCCCAGUAGGUUUAACCAUCACAUCAUGGAGAUGAUGCUGGUAAGUCUGCUGUCGUCGUCGUUUGGAUUGGAUUUCUUUGUGUGGGCUCUGAAGUCAAAAGGCCAACACAGAUGUUGGUCUUCGGUUGUAUUUAUAGGAACUCUGUGUAGGUAGAUGGUACAUACUGUCUUUAUAAUUGAAGACCAGCAUGUGUUUUAAUCCUGUAAAGGAAUGGGGUUGAUUGUUGGACAUCAGUAUUUCUGCUAACAGAAGACAAGGGCGGAUGUUGGUGUCUCCUGCUGACAGCACUGUUGAAACACCACUACUGUUUCAGCCCCAGGUUUUCAGUCCCUUUGUGAGCAUUCUUUCACUUACCCUCAUUUAUCUGCCUGUCUGGCAAGGGUCAUGCAGUGAACACAAGUUUCUUACAAACUAGUGUUUGGGGAGCAUAAGGAAGGCAGGUGGUGCCCAGUUGUGUCACACGGGUUGGCAUCUUUCUCCUCAUUAUGAGAACAAGCAGGAGCAAAGCUUCUCUUUGUUCCCUGGAAGGAGGUGGUUGGGUUCCCCCUGCCCCGGCACCCUCCUGUUCAACAUGGACUUUAAACACAGCGUUGCACUGAUGCAGCCACGACAAACACUGUGGAGCCUUUUGGGGGCAUUUUCCAGUGAAGCGGUGAACAUCACAAGCGUAAAUAGGAGCUCGAAGCCUUGGAAAGCUCCUGCUUUGUUUCCUGCUACUUCAGUUGUGCCUUUGGUCGGCCAGUUUGUGAUUGAGAUGUUCUCGGCGUACAGAAGGAGUUGGAUGGACCUGAGGCAACGAGGGCGAAAGGGAAAACCCUUUUUGCCUUAAAAAACAGAUUGUCAGAGCAAGUUCCCCAUUCAGGGAGGUCUGGAAGCUGUGAAACUUAGAAGUGGAACUUUGUGUUGACUCUUCAGUACCAGAAAUAGAGUGAGAACAGCCCUACGUCACGCGGGUGGAUGGAGGAGCGCUGUGCCAGGGUUGAGACUGAGGGCUGGCUGGUUUGGCACCUGCUCCUGCCUUCCCUCCUGCGAGUCCUGAUCCUUCUUUUGGAUCUGGAGCUGUAUUCUGCCUAUCACCAUGGCCCUGCCUGACCUCUCAUGCCUUGCUAGCCUUUGAAGCAACCCAUACUGGAGAAAGGACUUUCUUGUUGACGCUGAAUGACCUGUGGAUAAGAGGAAGCUGUUUGGAAGUGGUGGUUUCUAUUUCAGGACAGUGUGUUGCAGUGAUUUUCGCAUCUGUCUUUGCCAGACUUCAUUUCUCCCUCGUGUCUCUGUCCGGAUUUGCUGUUCCCUGCUGCUGCGAUUCCUCGUACUGUUCCGUGGUGAGGAGGGGCCGUGCAAUACCUCCCCUGCAUCUCUGCUCCUGUUGUAAGCCUGGAUUCCUCCUCCUGUUGCUGUGCCUGCUCCCAUCCCCUGGCACGGGGCUUCAUCGGGCUGGAGUCCUGUGCCUCCAUGGGGCCUCAGGCGGUGGCUGACGGGGGGAAGUGCAGAGACCAAAACUCUUACAUUUGAGGGGGAAAAAAGAAUCUACGACAAACAACUGUUCUCCAUGUUUCAAAGGAAGCCCAUUGGUUACAAGGGCAGGGUUCUCAGAACAGAACACGUGGCUGCUGGUAAAGCCCAGCAAAACCAUCAUCGCCUUUGGGUUUGCCUUCCCCGCUGGUUUCACUGGGACGUUUGGGCAGCUCGAUUCUUGCCCGUGUCAGCAAGUUUAAGGCAUGUCCUGCUUUAAACCUCCUUAAGUGACUGCCAGGGCUGGUGCUGGCUUAUUUUACCUCCCUGCUCCAACAGGAAACAGGAUGCGGGGGAGCAGGGAGCCACCAGACAUGCAGGCAGAGCAGGCAGCGCUUCUCUUUGCACUUUAACCACGAUGGCUGGAGCUGCUCAGAGCCCUCAGCGGGAGCAGCACUGUGUGUUUUGGGGCAGGAAAAAGAGCCUGCAGGCAACGCUCAGCUCCUCCUGGGCAGGGUGACUGCGUUCUGCAGGCAGUGUCCAUUGGUGCGCACUCUUUGCAUGCACCUUCAGCCUGCUUGCCCAAAGCCCCUCUCACAUCUUGCAGUCUCUCAAGCUCUUUUCAAGAGCUGCAACGAUUUCCAAGAGGGUUCUAUGGCAGAAACGUUGGGAACAAGUGCAGCUUGAGGCUGUGAAAACGUUCCUUAGUGCCUUACAAGGGGUGGAGGUGGGCAGAGCAUCUCACUGUGCCCAUGCAGGGUCUCUGCGGGAGGACACAGGCAGCUCCUUGAAGCUCAGAGGGGCUGAGGAGAUGCAGCACUGCUCCUGCCUGGCCAUGGAGGGCACAGAUUGCACCCAAGCACACAAACAGGGCUGAGCUGGCUGCUUUCCGCUGGGGCUGUUCUGUACGCUGUAUUUACGCCGCGCUUUACGUCAUUUCACAUUUUGGUUGGCUUGAAUGUUGCUAGGUUUGUAUAUUAAUAAAGAGGUGUUUUAACUACUCCCGAAA